UGUGCUCUCACAGCUGAACCUGCAUAACAAAAAAGGGAACCUGCACAGCCUCAAAAGGCCAGGGGCCGUAACGCAUGUUUUUACCUCAGAACACGUCUGCUCCGUCAUCGCUUCCAUGCUGAGAAACCUCAAGUCCCAGCAGAGAACCAGACUCCUCAACAAGUUUACAGAAAACGACUGUGAAAAGGUUGAUCGACUGAUGGAGUUGUAUUUUAAAUACCUGGAGGCUGUUCAACAGGCUGAUAAGAGGAUCGAAGGGGAGAAACAUGAGAUGGUCCGUCGGGGGGAGAUCCUGGACGACAGCAUGGAGGAUGAGUUCUACCUUCGCCGUCUAGACGCUGGACUGUUUGUUCUGCAGCUGCUGUGCUAUAUUAUGGUGGAGAUCAGCAGCUCAGGGGUCUCACAGCUGCAGCAGCGGGUUCAUCAGAUUCUUAAUAUAAGAGGAGGCUCGGUCAAAGUAGUGCGGCACAUCAUGAGGGUCACUCAAACACAUAGAGAUGCUUCCAAUGCAGUGUUUUUCUCAGUGAUGAUCAUGCUGCCUCUGAAGGAGAUUCCUCACACCUUCACCCCUGUAAGAAUUCCCUCCUUUAGCAUUAAAUUAUGUAAAAUUAUGGUGUCAUGGAAGUUUCUGCAUGUUUACUGAAAAGCCGCAGAACAA